AUGUACCGUCCUGACAAGGAUCUCACAUCAGGGAUGCUGUCGUCACAGUCACCAUCACAAAUGCCGGCGUUUGGUGGCAACACAAAUUUUAUCAGUCAAGGUACACUACCGUUACCACAGAGGGCAAUAGGUGGCAACCAUUUCCGCAGCGGUAAUAGCACUGGUCACAUAACACCCACAAGUUUGAAUGCUGGCUUCCAAAUUGGACUCCAGCACCAACAGCAGCCGCAGCAGCAACAGCAUUCUCCCAAUAAUCUAGCAGCCAUCGGGCCUCGGAGUGUCCUAGGUGCACAGUCCAACCAGGCAAGCUUGGCCAGUCUACAGAAACGAACAUUCAACUCAGGGCCUAUGCAGAAUUUUGCAUCCAGUUAUGGUUUUGGUGGCACUCGAACAAUGGACUCCCAGCCUGCCAUAGACUUGUCAGAUUUUCCCAUACUCAGCAGCAGAACAUCGACGACACCGAACCCUAUGCCCACAACUCGUAACUACGUGGGGAUGGUGAGCAAGCCUGCACCAGACUCCACCCCAGAGUUCAACAUCACACAGGAGGAGUUCCCUGCCCUUCCUGGCUCGCAAAAUCCCCCAGCACAGUCCGGGGAAUUGAGAAAUGGCAAUGGUGCGACAGUAGGUGCUGACCUUUUAUCCAACAGAGAUGGGUUCAAGGAUGGGAAACAGCUCAUGCAGACGAAAAGAGGAAUACAGACACAUCCUGAUGGUAUGAUAUCAAAUAUACCCCCUGGUAUGGUGAUGGACCAGUUUGGAAUUGUAGGCCUGUUGUCUUUCAUUCGUGCAGCAGAUCAGGAUGCGAACAUGGUAGCCCUUGCGCCAGGCAUUGACCUCACAACGUUGGGGUUAAAUCUCAACUCUCCAGAAAACUUGUACAGCAUGUUUCAGUCACCAUUUGCAGAAACAGCGUGCAGGCCACAAGAUAUAGAUUACCAUGUUCCAGCUGAGUAUUUGACCAACAUGUUCAUUAGGGAAAAGCUGGCACCUAUCAAGUUGAACCGAUACAAUGAUGACCUGCUGUUCUACUUGUUCUACACAAAUGGAGGCGAUGUUCUACAGCUGGCAGCUGCUGCUGAGCUGUACAACCGUGACUGGAGAUAUCACAAGGAAGAGAGGGUGUGGCUGACAAGAGCGCCAAAUUGUGAGGUCUACAACAAAACAGCAACAUCAGAGCGGUGCACCUAUAUUUUCUUUGACGCUACUCUGUGGCGGAAAACAACAAAAGACUUUUACCUGGAGUACGACAAGCUGGAAGAGAGGCCAGCGAUACCAAACUAUAACCUUAUCCAGGUUGGGGGUGUUGGACACUAA